AUGGAGCCGCCGUUCCCACUUGAACAGCUUCUUGACGAGUUGAGCAAAUUACCAACUAAAACGGAACUUCAACAGGACGUUAUAUAUUACGUCGACCAAAAGAAGCCAUCAGGAACAGACCUUCGUAAAUUUCUUCAAAUACUUCGGCCUGUGUUUCGGACGCAAGCCAAUGAAGUUGUCUUAUGCACUGUUAGAGCAGUUUUAUGUGGAGAGUCAAGUGACUUAAUUCAACCGGACGUCUUUGUUAGAGUCAUCACCGACAACUUGCAAAAACAUUCUUUCGAAAGCUUUUUGUUAUUGGAGAGAGUCACCGACUUGGGACUGCUAUCAGAGGAAUAUUGUAAAAACAUCAUUCAAAGCGUUGUACAAUGCACGGCAAAGGAAAAGUACACAGACGAGGCACUCUGCUGGUUCUUCGACGCACUUUUCCAUAUGAACAGUCUUUACGACUUGGGAGAGGUACCAUUCUUCACACAAAUCACAACAAAUUCAUCGCAAAAAUUGAAGAAGCGACUUGUUAAUGUGUUGUUAUCGUCACCGACUCCAAGCUAUGGAAAUUUACUUGUCGAAAUUUUACAAACAGAAAAGGAUGAGGACUUUUUGGUACUGUGCACUUCCCUCUUCACAUUCGAAGAAUUCGACAUCUCCGCAGUACUCAAAUUGGCACAGAGUAAUCAGUCGCCAAAAAUACAGGAAAUCUGUUGGACGGUGGUGAACAUAGCGAGUAUGGACAAAACGCGCCUUGAAGAGUCGAUUGCAAAUGGAGGAAUUAAGUGGAUGACGGAUACAUUGGUUCAACCGCUGAGUGAAGAUGUUUCUCGGAAUUUGUAUGGGUACUUGGGGUCGAUUUGUUGUGACGAGAAUAUGAAUAAAAAACUCGAAGAGAACCCGUCGUGGGUUGUGUUGUUUGGGAAGAGUAUGUUAAACUCUGUGAUGUAUCCGGAAGCGCUCAAGUGUGGGUUUGAAGUGAUUUCGAUCAUAUGGAGUAAGAUGCCUGAAGACGGGGAGAUUGUAGAGAUCAUGUCGGAGGUGUGUGUGAAAGCGUUGUUUGCUUCAAUUCAUUCGGUUGAAAACACUGAAAUUGUUUUGACCUCUGCCAUCAACAUGUCGGUCAAUGCGAAUUUCACGUUGUACAUUUUGAAAUGGAAUUUGGAAGAAAUAUUGGAUCGAAUAUUGCUGAGUGGUGUUGACACGUUAGUAGAAAAGGGGUGUGGUCUACUUAUGAAUAUCAUUGUCGACCCCGACGCAGCGGAGUUGUUAUGUGAUCACUACAUUUUGUUGUCUGUUGACUUAAUCGAGAAUUACAAAGACAGUUUGAUUAGUGCGUUAGCGAUGGGAUGUGUAGCGGCGUUUUCAAAGAGUGAACAUGGAAGAGAGAUUUUAGUUGAAACGCAGUUAUUUGGAUUGAUACCAGACAUCUUAGGAAAGUAUGAGUUGGAUAGUUUGAUAGACAAGACUCUCAUAGCGCUGACAUUCUUCAUCAAUAAAGAGUCUGGAAUUGAGCUGUUAGUACAGUCCAAAGUCCUUGAAGGGAUUGCACGAAUCUCAUACAACUACGAUGACAACCAGAUCCUCGAAAAAGCGAUGAACAUCAUUGUGAGUGUCGCGAAGUUUCAGAAAUGGCACACUGCUCUUUUCCAGAGUAAAGUUGUUCAGAACGUUGUUCGAGUGAUUGCGUUGUCCAGCAAAGAGCGAAUAGAAGCGUGUUUAAAGGCUUUGAGUGCGUUGAUUAACAUUGCCGCAGUUAAAGAGUCUCGCGAGAGUUUAUUUUCUAUUGGAGCGUUAGAUUCCGUGAUUUACGCUCUUCAACAAAAUGCCGAUGAUAUAGAAGUUGUCAAACUCUCCUUCGGAGCACUCGCAAAUUUGUCGUUAGCAGAUGAGGUGAAAGAACAAACAAGGGAAUUGGGGUUUUUAGAGCAAGUCAGACCAUUCCUUGAGAAUUUUAAGGAUCAAUUCGUGUUGUUAAAGAUCAUCACCUUCUUGUACUGCGUUACACACAACUCUCCAGAGAACAAAAAAGUCGUCAAGAAGAAAUUGGGCGAUUUGCUCAAAAAAAUGCUCUUUCAAUUCAAAGAAAUCGCACAGUUCAAAGACAAAAUCGAUACAAUCUUGAAAUAA